AUGGGCGCGCGGGCCGGGGCGCUGCUGCUGGCGCUGCUGCUGGCGCGGGCGCCCCUCGGGAAGCCGGAGCCGCAGGAGGCGAACCUGUUGUCAGGGCCCUGCGGCCAGCGGACCAUCCCGCCGCGCGUGGUGGGUGGAGAAGACUCGGUGCUCGGGCGCUGGCCGUGGCAGGGGAGCCUGCGGCUGUGGGACUCCCACACUUGCGGAGCCAGUUUGCUCAACCGCCGCUGGGUGCUCACCGCUGCUCACUGCUUCGAACAGUCGACUGACCCCUUUUCGUGGUCGGUCCAGUUUGGCGAGCUGACUUCCAUGCCAUCUUUCUGGAACCUGCAGGCCUACUACAAUCGUUACCAGGUGGAGAGGAUUUAUCUGAGCCCCAAGUUCGUGGGGUCAGUAUCCUAUGACAUCGCCAUGGUGAAGCUGUCCACCUCCGUCGUGUACAGUAACCACAUCCAGCCCAUCUGUCUCCUGGCCUCCACAUUAGAGUUCGAGAACCGGACGGACUGCUGGGUGACCGGCUGGGGGGCCAUCGCAGAGGAUAAGCCUCUGCCAUCUCCCUACACCCUCCAGGAAGUGCAGGUUGCCAUCAUAAACACUUCCAUGUGCAACCACCUGUAUAAAAGGUCUGAUUUCCACAUGAACAUCUGGGGAGACAUGGUUUGCGCUGGUGAUCCCCAAGGCGGCAAGGAUGCCUGCUUCGGUGACUCAGGCGGACCCUUGGUGUGCGACAAGGCGGGACGGUGGUAUCAGGUUGGAAUCGUGAGCUGGGGAAUAGGCUGUGGUCGGCCCAACCGGCCCGGUGUCUACACCAACGUCAGCCAGCACUUCAGAUGGAUCCAGAAGCAGAUGACCCAGAGUGGCAUGCCCAGGCCGGACCCCUCCCUGCCGCUGCUCCUCCUCUCGCUGCUCUGGGCUCCCCGACUCCUGCAGCUUGAGGCUUGA